AUGAGACAUGCAUGGAUUGGACUUGUGUUUUUGCUGGCGGGGUUAAUCCUGCUGCAUCUCUUCGUUGCGCCAUAUACCAAGGUCGAGGAGUCGUUCCAUGUCCAAGCUACGCAUGAUAUUCUCGCGCAUGGAUUUCCGUUCGGGGAGAACAUCGAUCGCAGUAAUUAUGAUCAUUUUGAGUUUCCCGGCGCCGUCCCUAGGACUGCCGUUGGGGCGAGUAUUCUCGCUGGGUUGUCGCCGUCAGUCACUGCGGCGUGGGCGGGUGUUAACCGGCAGAUUCUAGCUCGAGCUAUUCUAGGCUUGUACAAUGCCGCUGCUUUGGGAUUCUUUGCCCAUGGCUUGCGGAAGAGCUUUGGCCAGACUGUAGCUGUGUGGUACCUCCUGUUCCAGAGCAGUCAAUUCCACCUGGUCUACUAUGCAUCAAGGCCUUUAUCCAAUAUGUUUGCAUUUGGAUUGACUACUACUGCGAUGAGAUAUCUCUUGCCUGACUCAACCUCGCGACCGGGAGUUCGUGUUGGCCUCCGAGUGAGAAUACCCUUGUGUCUACUCACGAUGGCAGGUGUCAUCUUCCGCGCAGAAUUGGCAAUUCUAGUCGCUUUCACUGCGGCAUACCUCCUCGCAACUCAGGGCAUGCGAGUAUUCACAGAUAUCAUCAUUGCUGGCCUCGUGGGGCUUGCCAAUGGCCUCAUUCUUACUGUCUGCAUUGACAGUAUGUUUUGGAAGGAGCUUGUUUGGCCGGAGUUUAACGCGUUCCUGUUCAACGUGAUUGAAGGCCAAUCUUCAGCUUGGGGUACAGAGCCUUUCUCAUUCUACUUCUUGAAUGCCUUACCUAGGCUGCUGUUGAAUCCGCUGGUCUACCUCAUCGCCAUCCCAGUGGCACUGCGCAAUCCCGCUCUCUGGCGCCCAAUCCUCCCGCUACUAGCACCUUCAAUGUGCUUUGUGACCCUAUACAGCCUCCAACCGCAUAAAGAGUGGCGCUUCAUCAUCUACAUCGUCCCCGCUCUCACUGCCACGGCGGCCCUGGGAGCGGGAUAUCUAUGGAAUCGACGAGAUCGAUCGGUCUUUGCCAGUAUCGCAUCUCACCUACUUAUACUCUCCAUCGCCGCCUCUUUCCUCUUGUCGAAUCUUGUGCUGUUGCCCGCGUCUGCGGCAAACUACCCUGGUGCCCAAGCCUUGGAUGCACUUCACAGGUAUCAUGAUCAGCAGUCCUUGUCCCGCAACGGAGCGUCCGUCUACCUUGGAAAUCUCGCCUGUCAAACAGGAGUUACACGGUUCCUACAACAAUCUUCUGAGCAGGGCUGGCGCUAUGACAAGACGGAAGAUGAGGAUGUCAAGUCCACCGCUCCAUUCUGGGAACGAUUCGACUACAUUGUCGUCGAGGCCUCUGCGGACCCUGAAGUCAAGGAUGCUGACGAGACCCAGUUGCUCCGCGCACUACCCUCGUCGCAUUGGGAGACGGCUGAGGUCAUUGAUGGAUUUUCUGGCAUUUCUAUCAUACGGCCGGGGGAACCUGCAACUGGUCUGGUAGAGCGACGGAUCCUGUCAAAGGUGGCUGGUGCGACUCUCUAUAAUUUAUACUCUGACGUUAGAGACUCCGUGAGGAAGCUUGUCUUGCGUGGCUGGUGGGCGGAGCUGAAGAUGAGACCGAAGCUUAAGGUCCUCAAGCGUCUACGAGACAAUUAG